UUGUUUGUCGCUGAGGCUCAGAUGUGAGGGGAGCGUUCCCCGUCUGCCACUGGUUUACAUUGGAACAGACAAAGGCUCCGAGGGCUGGCGGAGGAUGCCGAGCUCAGGUCGGAAGAUGUCCAUUUCUAAUGUUUGGCAGAUUAAAUAGCAUAUCGCCAUGCAGCAUAGGACUGUUGUGACAUACAAAUGAAGCCGAUAGUGGUUUGCGGGAGGACGCAGGCGCCACGCGGCGAUUGAUCGAGUAUGUGGGGUUCUGGUUUCGCCUCGUCCCGACCGUGUGUGGUUGAACUCGGGCGGAAUCAAAGCGUGCCCUUGGGGAUAUGUGGUUCCGACGAGCCUCACUCUCUUUAUGGCUAUAUCGUCGCAAUCCCUUUACGGGACUACGGUGGGAUCAUGUCGGGAUUGGGGUCGGAUUCCUGGUGGAAGAAGACCAUCUAUAUCACCGGUGGUGCCCUCCUCGCCGCUGCUGCCUACCUAUUACACGAGCUGCUCGCCAUCAGGAAGGAGCAGGAGUUGGACUCUAAAGAUGCCAUCAUCCUCCACCAAUUCUCCAGGCCAAACACGGAGGUCCCCAGCCUCUCACCAUUCUGCCUCAAGAUGGAGACCUACCUACGCAUGGUGGACUUGCCCUACCAGAACUACUUUGAUGGGAAGCUCUCUCCGCAGGGCAAGAUGCCAUGGAUUGAGUAUAACCGGCAGCAGGUGUCGGGGUCAGAGUUCAUCAUUGACUUCCUGGAAGAGAAGCUGGGCGUCAACCUCAACAAGAACCUCAGUCCCCAGGAAAGAGCCGUGUCCCGGGCUGUCACCAAGAUGGUGGAGGAGCACCUCUACUGGACAAUAGCCUAUUGCCAGUGGGUAGACAACCUGGAGGAGACCCAGAAGAUGCUGUCCGUCACUGGUCCUCUCAGUGACAUGCUAAAGUGGAUCCUCGGCCACCUGAACAGCAGCAUGGUGCAAAGGGAGAUGUACGGCCAUGGCAUCGGACGCUUCUCCAAGGAGGAGGUUUACAAGCUGAUGGAGAAGGACAUGCACACACUGGCCGAACUGCUCGGAGAUAAGAAGUACUUCAUGGGGCCUAAGAUGUCGACAGUAGACGCUGCUGUGUUUGGUCACCUGGCCCAGGCCAUGUGGACACUACCCGGCACACGACCUGAACAGCUCAUCAAAGGCGAGCUCAUCAACUUGGCCAUGUUCUGUGAGCGCAUGCGGAGAAAGUUCUGGCCUGAGUGGUUUGUGGACAUAGAGGACCUGUACUAUGAUGGAGCAGACACUGACAGCAGCGAGGGCUCUCCUACAGGCCUGAUGGACUUUGGCCUGUUCUCCCGGACAGACACCACGGAGGAGCGUGACGCCUCUGACAAACACACACACUCACACACUCACUCCCCCGAUACGGACCACUCGCUGUUCGACUCGGACGUGGGCACGGACUCGGACAAUGAGCCGCAGCUCAAGUGUGUCCCUCCUAGUCCUGACCCUCCUAAUCCUGCCCCUUCCAACCCCAGUCCCAAACCUCCCAACCCUUGACCCACACUCAUCCAGGGAGGUGGGGUGGUUUUGGCUGAGGCGGUCAGACGGCCGGAACUUCAAACUAAUCAGGGCGUUGCUAUCUGGACUGGCAUCAUAGAGCUGCGGAACACAGAGGCACAGUUCUCUCUUCUGCCUCUCCCUCUCUUUCAGAGAUCUGUGCUCACACAUGGAGGUACAGUUAUAUUCCAUGAUGACUGAAAACUAUAUCCUAACAAUGUAAUAUCAGUGCACGCCGACAAACUGGGUAUUUUGUAUGCAGAGCGUAUAAAUCGAACCCCAUGUUACACGUGUUACAAUAUGAUUUCCUCAACCCUAGUGAUUGUGACAUUGCCAAUAUGGCACAAUCAGACAUUGCCUUAUUUGUGUCAGUUGUCUCCAGGGUACAGACUAAUGUGAAAGAUUGUUGGUGGAACCAGUUAGUGGUGUCUCUGUCCAUGGAAUGCAGACAUGGCUGUUUCUUAGAAAUGUAGCUAGUGAAAGAGAGACGAUGAUAAUGAUGGUAGCAGAAACAUGAAAACACUGGAUUUUUAGAGAACUGAGGUCAGUUCUUUGCUAAGACUUGGACACAUAUUGUGAAGAGUGAUAUAUAAUAUAAGGGUCUGCUUUCUAUGGUGGCUGCUCUAGUCUGUGUCUUACUAACGGUGGGCUAUCCUACUAGUAGUUCUAUGGUUUGUGGCUUGCUGCUGAGCAUCAGCCAUAAUCACUGGCCUUUCCAUCAACUCUGUGUCUAACUUCACUCUAGUAAAGGAGAUUGGGAUACGCAAAAUGAACUGGAGAUGUAACACUCUUGUCCAAGUACACUUACCAGUACAGGCUGGUUGUAGAGCCGACGCUUGUAUCUCACCACUAGAGGGUGCUCUAUCUAUACAUUCAUCCUGCUGUCUAUUUAGCUCUAUGGUCUUGAGUCCUGCAGUUUUUGCCACUUGGAAUGUUAAAGGGCCAGUGCAGUCAAAAUGUGAUACUCCUUUUGUUUUAUACAGUUGAAGUCAUAAGUUUACAUGCACUUGGGUUGGAGUCAUUAAAACUCGUUUUUCAACC